CAAGCUAAGCAUCGGUUUCUAUUCUUCCAAAGCCCCUCCCACAGGCCUACUUGCAAGAGCAGGUUUGAGAGUCAGGCUGUGCUGGCGUGUUUGACCGAUUUUUGGCGGCCGCGGGAGUGUUGGUUGGCACAGUCUCAAUGGCCGACGCGAUGGUGUGGGCUCUUCUCGUUCACGUGUUCCUGAGCUUGAUGCAGGAGGCGCGAACCAGACCGCACUCUCUGCAGUAUUUCUACAUGGCUGUGUCUGAGCCAAGCCCGGGAGUGCCUGCAUUUACUGCCUCUGGCUUUGUGGAUGACCAACUCUUCAUCGGCUAUGACAGCGUGCAGAUGCAGGCAAAGCCUUUUGCUCACUGGUUGAGGGAGGAUUCGGAUUACUUUGAUGAUGAGACCAAGAUCUUCACAAGUCGGAUGAAGAUUUUUCACUUAAAUCUGAGAAAUGUGCAGCAAUACUAUAACCAAACCCAGAAGCACAGCCUGAAGGAAGAGCAUCUACAAAAACCAGCAGGCCCCCACAUCCUCCAGUUCACCUAUGGCUGUGAGCUCCAGGACGACGGUCAGAUCAUUGGGCACUGGCAGUAUGGCUACGACGGUAACGACUACUUGAGCUUAGACAUAGACACUCUGCAGUACACGGCCGACUCAUUUAUCGCCCAGUACACCAAGCAAAAGUGGGAGGCCAAUGAGAACUCCAUAAAGAGAGAUAAGGACUAUUUGGAGAAGGAAUGCAUCUGGUGGCUGCAGAGAUACUUGAAGUGUGGAUGGGAGAGCCUGACCCGCACUGAGCCUCCCCGUACACACGUGACUCACCACCCCAGCCCUGAUGGGGAGGUCACUCUGAGGUGCUGGGCCCUGGGCUUCUACCCAGCGGAGAUCACCCUGACCUGGCAACAGGAUGGGGAGGACCAGACCCAGGAUGUGGAGCUUGUGGAGACCAGACCUUCCGGGGAUGGGACCUUCCAGAAGUGGGCAGCCAUGGUGGUGCCCUCUGGAGAGGAGCAGAGAUACACGUGUCGUGUGCAGCACGAAGGGCUGCCUGAGCCCCUCAUCCUGAGAUGGGAGACACCUUCUCAGCCCACUAUCCACAUCAAGAAACAGUUUGUUAGCCUGGUUCUUGGAGCUGUGGUCCCUUCAGUUGUGAUCAUGGUUGCUGUAUUUGCGCUCUGCAGGAACAAGUACUCAGACACUGAGACUGGCCAAGAGUCUACUCAUUUCUCAGACCUUAAAGGUGAUGGGGUCUGAAGUGACGGGAAAGUUGGCUCUACGUUGGCUGAUGUCCAGGCACGGCUUAGCUGGGUCGUAUGUUUAGAAUCUCUCACAAGGCUGCAAUCCAUGUGUCAGCCAGGGCUGGAGUCCUACCUGAAGAAUUGACUGGGGAAGGAUCCAUAUCCGAACUCAUGUAGCUGUCGGCAAGAUUCAGUUCAUUUGGGGCUGUUAUACUGAAGGCCUCAGUUCCUUCCUGGCUAUUAGCCAGAGGCUGCCCUCAGGUGUUUGGAUUGGAGGAAGACUCAUUAACAACCUUCCUUGCUUGCUGAAAAUGAAGAGGACUUGAAGUACCUACUGAUGAAGAUCAAAGACCACAGACUUCAGUAUGGACUACACCUCAACAUAAAGAGAACAAAAAUCCUCACGAACGGACCAAUAAGCAACAUCAGGAUACAAACAAAAAAAAUCAGGAUAAAUGGAGAAAAUAUUGAAGUUGCCAAGGAUUUCACUUUACUUGGAUCCGUAAUCACCACCCAUGGAGGCAGUAGUCAAGAAAUCAAGAGACACAUUGUAUUGGGCAAAUCUGGUGGAAAGGAUCUCUUUAAAGUGUUGGAAAGCAAAGAUGUCACUUUGAAGACCAAGGUGUGCCUGACCCAAAACCAAAAAAAAAACCUGAAACCCGUUGCCAUCGAGUCAAUUCUGACUCAUAGCGACCCUAUAGGACAGAGUAGAACUGUUCCGUAGAAUUUCCAAGGAGUGCCUCGUGGACCCGAACUGCUGAACUUUUGAUUAGCAGCCAUAGCACUUAACCACUACACCACCAGGUUUUCCAAAUAAGGAAGAUCGAAGAAGAAUUGACACCUUUGAAUUGUGGUGUUGGCAAAGAAUAUUGAAUAUACAGUGGACUGCCAAGAGAAGUACAACUAGAAUGCUUGGAAGAAGUACAACCAGAAUGCUCCUUAGGAGCAAGGAUGGCGAGACUGCAUUUUACACACUUUGGACAUGUUGUCAAGAGGGAUUAGUCCCUGGAGAAGGACAUCAUGUUUGGUAAAGUGCAGGGUCAGAGGAAAAGAGGAAGACCCUUGUCAUGGAUUGAAUUAUGUCCCCCCCAAAAUGUAUCAACUUGGUUAGGCCAUGAUUCCCGGUAUUGUGUGGUUGUCCUCCAUUUUGUGAUUGUAAUUUUAUGUUAAGAGGAUUAGGGUGGGAUUGUAACACCACCCUUAUUAAGGUUACUUCCCUGAUCCAAUGUAAGGGGAGUUUCCCUGCACCACCUUUUAUCUCUCAAGAGAUAAAAAGAAAGGGAAGCAAGCGGAGAGUUGGGGACCUCAUACCACCAAGUAAGCAGCACCAGAAGCAGAGUGUGUCCUUUGGACCUGGGGUCCCUGUGCCUAAGAAGCUCCUUGACCAGGAGAAGAUUGAGGACAAGGACCUUCCUCCAGAGCUGACAGAGAGAAUAAGCCUUCUCCCUGGAGCCGACACCCUCAAUCUGGACUUGUAACUUACUAGACUGUGAGAAAAUAAACCUCUCUUUGUUAAACCCA